AUAGUUUCCGUUGUCCACAGUUGUCGGGGAGCAGCGAUGCGGCUGGCGCCUUGGACGCGGUGGCGCGGCGGUACCGACUCGAGAAUGGGAACUCAUUGGGAGAAAAGGACGAGUUGUUUGGACCACCGAGCGCACCGGUUCUGGAGAAUCCUGAAUUCCAAACAAGAUGGUACUUCAAAUACUUUCUCGGUAAAAUGCACCAGAAUUACAUAGGAGUGGAUGGUGCGAGGGAGCCUUAUUUACUGAGCGUGGUGCAGGAGGGUGGUGCGGGCCUUCUACGUGCAAUACUCUUCAACAAAAUGGGCGCCCACAAGAUCUACCUACCCCCUAGCGCCUGGACCAGUGGGGGCAGUCAGGCGCCUACCAGGCCAACAGUCAAACAGAUACUGGCACAGUUUGCUUCGAUGGAAAGGGUGGACAAAGUGCCAAGAGAAAUCACAUGUGCAGAGUUGCAAAAAGACAUUCUUUUGCUAGAAGAGCAGGAAGGCUCAGUGAACUUCAAGAUCGGCGUCAUGUUGAUGAAACCAGUACAGAAGACUGACGACGAAAUGCUUUCCAAUGAAAAGGGCGACGAGAAAUGGGACCGAUUUAUAUCACUUUUGGGCGACAAAAUUCGAUUACGAGGCUGGAACCGGUUCCGAGGAGGACUAGAUGUCAAAGGUGACAUGACUGGCAGCCAUUCCAUUUACACGAUGCAUCAAGGCCACGAGAUAAUGUUCCACGUCUCCACGAUGUUGCCCUUCUCCAAAGACAAUAAGCAACAGUUGGAAAGGAAGCGACACAUCGGCAACGACAUCGUAAACAUCGUGUUCACGGAGGACUCCGUACACAACACCUUCAACCCGCAGUGCGUCAAGAGCCACUUCACUCACAUAUUCGCCGUCGUGUCCGAAGUGGAAGGCGAGGGAUACAGGCUGAGCGUGUACAGCGAUGACACCGUUCCUCCAUUCGGGCCUUCUCUGCCGUGCCCGCCCAUCUUCAACGACCCACAGCUGUUUAGGGAAUUCUUAUUGGUGAAACUGAUGAACGGAGAGAAAGCAGCGUUCCAGACGCCGACAUUCGCGCUAAAGAGGCAGCGCACACUCGACACUCUUAUCCGGGACAUCUACGCCGAACACUGCUCUGAUCAUAAGGUGCCAAUGCUAUCCCGCCGCGCGCUCUCAGACGUGUGGUCCGGCGGCGCCGGCGCAGGCGGCGCGGGGGCUGCGCGUACGGAGCGAUUCUUACAUGUGGGGCAGGCGUUGAAACUGGAUGCGGUGUUGCGGGGCGAUGCUCCUACGAGUCUUGUUUCUAUGGGUUCUGGAGGUUCUCGCCGAGCACCUUGGGAAGGACGCGUGUGGCGCUCGGCACCGCUGCCAGCGACGCCGGUCUGUGCAGAACAAAUGACAGAAGGCCGCCUGCUAUUGUCUACAACGUCCAAUACAUAUAUUUUAGAAGAGAGCGGAACAACUAGAGUGGUCCUCAGAUGGGAAGGUUGCGUCCGAAUGGCUCGGGUGAGCGAGCGAGCUGGUCUGUUCAGAGUAGGGGCCCGCGUGGUAGCCGGAGGGGGGUCCACGACAGGCGGCGCGGGGGGCGCGGGCUUGUAUGCGCUGCCCAUACAGGAGCUAUGCGCAGGGGCAUGGGCUAUGAGGCCGCUGCAGGACUGUAAGCACGCCAGGCUGCCGCGCACGAAGACUGCACACUGCUUUGAUUUGCUUGAAUCGGGAGAGAGCGGUAAAACAACGCUUGCUGUAGCGAUCGGUAGAAGAGUUAUGCUUAUGAUUGAAGAAUCCAAGACUGAUAGUGAAAUGGGAUUCGAAUACACACAUAUCAAGGAUAUCCAAUUAAGUGAAUCGCCUAUAUUAAUAAAACUGAUGGACGGAGAAGUAGGGGUGAUGGUAGUCGGCUACAAGCACCAUUGGGAAGUUUUAGAAUCCAGUAAUGGACAGACCGUAAAACGAGCGGACUCCUCGGAAGACAGUGGACCCCGUCGUGGAACCCUCGUCAACGCUUUACGCAUCGGGGACGAAAGAGACGGCCAAAUAGUUUUAUGUUACAAUCAUACAUGCCACUUCGAAAGACUAACCAGCAAAGGGUUGGAGAGCGACGGCGAAUAUGAUUUCCAUUGGACGACUGUGCCAGCAGCAGUAGUGUGCGCAUUUCCAUACAUAAUGGCGUUUGCGGAAGACCUCUUAGAGAUACGACUGGUGGCCAACGGCUCGCUGGUACACGCUGCUUGCAUUCCGGGACUAAAACUGUUGUGUGGACGAAGAGACAUCUUCUACGUGGCUUGCGCGCCAGAGUACGUUCCUCUAAGCCGCGAGAUCGACCCGUGCCUCGCCAUGCACGAGUACGAGCUGGCGCGCCAGAUGAGCAAGUGCGGGCCCUACUCGCUGGACGAGGACGAAAACAACGACAACCGAGGCGAAGGCUGCAACCAGAACAACAGAACCCCAGAAAACAACUCCGAGUCGAGCCGCAGCAGUUCCAUCUCUUCGGAGCAGGAGAACAUGCGACCGCCGCUGCAGCGCAUGGCGCCCAUAUCGCCGCCCAGUUCACCUCAAGUGUUGCCAGAAAACAGCGGGCGUUGCGUCCGCAUAUACAAGAUCCCGCAGAGCAACUUGAGCGCUGGCGCAUACCAGCGGCAGUCCGUCUCGGCGGACCAAGUCGUGACCUCAUACUUCUCCGACAGACCAAACAGCAUCAGGCAAAGACUAGCGGAAUUAAGACUGGACAGCAAAUCACGGGGCGGAGGCGACGACGAGACCCUCUAAACCGUUCCCAACUGGACCCAUACUUAGUUAUCGAAUACGGAACCAGGUGCACAAUUUUAAAUAAUAUUAUAUACAAAAUACUAAUUAAUGUUGUUACAUAAUUUGUUGCUGUAUACCAAUAUUGACGUUUUAGUUCGAGUAGUCAUGUUUACGUAGACGUUGGUGUAGAUACUAGAUGAAUUAAAAUAAGUAGAAUGAUUGAAAACCUUGUGAUAUACAUAUGAGUGAUCGUGCGCAAAUGAAUU